CGAGGAAAAAUAAAGUGCGCUUAAAAUUCAGAUACGAGGAAAUGUCUGCCCCAUCUCCGCAGCCUCAUAACCGCAGCGGGAAGCCGGAGGAUGACGACGAGGACCCUCUGGAUCAGAUGAUUGUACGCACCGGAUGCGCCACCUUUCACUAUGCCGUGCAGGAAUGCAUGGCCGAGCACCAGGACUGGAGAAAGUGCCAACAGCAGGUCCAGAAAUUCAAGGACUGUAUGCAGGACUAUCAAAAACAGAGAGCAGAGGAACUGAAGAGCAGGAGGACCCAGCGGCAGAUAACGGCUUCGUAGCACCACUUAGAAGGAAGAUCCCUGUACUAGCUCAACACGGACUUAUACUUUGUUCCCUAGGGGACACUGAAGCAGUUUAAUGGAGCUUUGAUUCCAAAAAAAACAUUCUUAAAGCAACAGGUUAAUGCAGAGAGGACGCUUUCUGUAACAUCCAAGGCUGCUGUCUUGAUACUGUUAACUUUCGGAUUUAACUCAUCCUAGAGGGAAGGGGUUUUCUACACAAGGCGGUAUGUGAUGGAACAAAAGUUCUCUCUAAGAAUAAAAAAGUGUAUUUCGUUUUA